AUGCACUUUCCCGAGUAAUAAAAAAACAAAACACCUCACUAGCAAUAUACACCAAACUGAGCAUGUGCAGAGUGACUCCACACAUGUCUUAUCAGGAGACAAGAGGGGGACACUGGAAGAAGGGGAGGAUCAGAGAAGACAGGAUCAAAGGGCCUUUUUACACAAUGCAGAGGAUUAACCCCUUAGGUUCCACAGUGAGUAUAUCAAGCAGGCUUUACUGCCAGGGGCGGACUGACCAUUUGGAAACUAGGGCACUGCCCGAGGGCCUGGGGUCAGUAGGGGGCCCC